AUUAGUAAUCACAUUCAUUUAAAUAGAUUUUAAUACGUAAAGCUAUUUAAAUUCGCUAAAUCAAUAUUUCUAUUACGAUUAUUCACUGAAACUCUAGUACCAUCUAUAGUAAAACGCUCCACCUAUUAGGCGAUUAGAACAGAUGUGGCUGGGUUUUAAGUUUCUGCUGUCGGUAUCAUUUAUUUACCAGCUUGGAUAUUUUGUCACGAAUAGUACCAUCAGUCAAUAUCUAGUUUUAGAAAGAGAUACUACUAUUUUCACAAUUCGUUAUUAGUAGGAGUAUGAUUCGUAGAUGAUAUUACAUGUAGAUUUUGAAGUUACAUAAAUGGAUGAAAAAUAUCUAUUAUAGUUUUGUAAAUAUGUUGAAGUAUAUUUAAAGUAUCAUCAGACCUACAUGUUAAAAACAUUAUGAGAUUGAAUACACGUUGUGACAUUGAUUAAGCUUCUGACGUAUGCAUCUACUUCAGUACAAAUUUCAAGAAAUUGUACCUGUUACUCCAUGUAUUCCAUCAUACCAGUUUAUACGUUAACCUAAAUCCUAUGGAUAUAUCAUUCCUUCAAAAGUAUUGAAAGAAAUAGAAAGAUUAUGGCUUAUGAUCCAGGAAUUAUAUGCUUUCAACAUUGUUACUCAAAAAGAUCGUUAAAUGAUAAUAUGAGUCUCACAAGAAUUGGACUGCUCUCUUUGGGAAGAUAUAGACAAAGGUUUUAUCAGAACAUAAGACAUAUAUCGUCUGAUAUUGAUGGAGAUACAUUUGAUGUUAUUGUAAUUGGAGGUGGUCAUGCGGGGACAGAAGCGUGUUCAGCUGCUGUUAGAAUGGGUGCUAAAACCUUAUUAGUUACCCAUAAGAAAAGUACAGUAGGGGAAAUGUCAUGUAAUCCAUCCUUUGGUGGAAUUGGUAAAGGAAAUCUUAUGAAAGAAGUUGAUGCUUUGGAUGGAGUUUGUUGUCGUAUAUGUGAUCUUUCUGGAAUUCAUUUUCAUAUAUUAAAUAAAAGAAAAGGUCCAGCUGUAUGGGGUUACAGAGCACAGAUUGAUCGUAGCUUAUAUAAGAAACACAUGCAGAAAGAACUUUUCAAUACAUCAGGUUUACAGAUAUAUGAAUCCUCUGUCGAAGAUUUAAUCAUACACGGAGAUUCACCAAGUUGUCAGGGAAUAAUUCUUAAGGAUGGAACAAAGAUAUACAGCAAUGCGGUUGUCAUAACGACUGGUACUUUUCUGAAGGGUCAAAUUAAUAUUGGUUUGGAAAAAAGACCUGCUGGAAGACUUGGUGAUGAACCAAGUAUUGGUUUAGCUAAUACUUUAGAGAGAAUUGGAUUCAGAAUGGGACGAUUGAAAACUGGCACUCCACCACGAAUAGAGAAAUCUACUAUAGAUUUCUCCAAAUGUACUGUAAAAAUACCAGACGAAGUACCAACACCUUUCUCAUUCCUAAAUGAAUCCGUUUGGAUACCCGCUGAGAAACAACUAAACACUUAUCUAACAUACUCAACGGACGCUGUUGCGAAAAUAGUAAAAGAAAAUUUGCAUUGCAAUUCACAUGUGACAGAGGAGCUUACAGGACCUCGGUAUUGCCCAAGCAUAGAAAGUAAAGUGUUGAAAUUUGCAGCACUUAAGCAUCAAAUUUGGCUUGAACCAGAAGGACUCGACUCCCCGAUUACGUAUCCAUCUGGAUUAUCGUGUACGCUUCCUGCGGAGAAGCAGGAAGAGUUAAUUCGAUGCAUACCAGGAUUAGAAAAUGCCAAAAUGCUGACACCUGGUUAUGGUGUUGAAUACGACUACAUAGACCCUACAGAAUUGAACGUUAAAUUAGAAACCAAGAGAAUACCAGGACUGUUCCUCGCUGGACAAAUAAAUGGUACCACUGGCUACGAAGAGGCUGCUGCUCAGGGUAUCGUGGCAGGUGUUAACGCCGCAGCCAAGGUACUUAAGAGGAAACCGUUGAUAAUAAGUCGCACAGAGGGCUAUAUAGGCGUCCUGAUCGAUGACCUUACCACUCAGGGUACAAACGAACCAUACAGAAUGUUUACCAGCCGUGCAGAAUUCAGGAUGUGUUUACGACCAGACAAUGCGGACGAAAGGCUCACCAGAAAGGGUUACGAGACGGGUUGCGUGUCGGAAGAAAGAAUGAAAAAAACGGAGAUUGUUUUGUCGAAAAUACAGGAUGCUAUAGAAUUACUGAAAAACGAAGUCAAACCAGUGCAGCAGUGGCGAAGAUUGCUGAAAUGCCGACAAACGAAAUCUACUCCACCGAAAUCGGCCUUUGAGGUGUUGAGCGAUUUUCCGGAAGAUGUAACCGUUGAAAACAUUGCCGAAUUAUUUCCUGAUCGAUUCCUGCAUUUAAUCGACAAUCCGACGAUUUCACGAAGAUUGAAGAUAGAAGCGAUUUACGCGCAACACAUCGAAAAACAGCAGGGCGAGGUCAAUGAAAUUCGCAAGAAUGAACAGAUGAUCAUACCUACAGACAUCGACUACGGAUCGCCACGAUUGUCCAUGUCCAUAGAAGAAAAAGAGAAACUAUUCAAACUGCAACCAUACACGAUAGCGGCAGCCAGUCGAAUCUCAGGCGUGACGCCAUCGUCCAUUCUGCGACUCAUCUAUUAUAUAAAAUCGAAUUCGUGUUUCGAGCACACUGUGUAAUUUCGAAUUCAGUUUAAAUAAAUAAGUUUACAUUCGGACCCAGCCUCGGAUGUUCCAGAUAUAUUUAUUUAUGUAUCUUUUGUACACGAACAAGACGAAGCUAAUGGCAGAGCUGGAGGCUGAGAAUAUCAAGCGGAAUCGUUCACAAAACACCGACCCAAAUUCUGAGGAUGUCACUCAACUAUGAACGUGUAAACUUUAGACUCGCGG